GGAAGACAGUGUGGAGCGCGCCUAGACUGGCGGGGAGAUCGGCGUGGCAGGUACUCAAUGGGAGGCGGGAAGUUUGUUCCAGAGGCGGGACCAAAGCGACUCCACACCUACUGAGACCCUCUCUGCGUUCCCCAUUUGACAGAGGUGUGAAUUGGGAAUUGUGGCUCAAGUGCUUCUGCUAGGGACCGCGAUUUGAGAUCCUAGCACAAGAACCGCAAAGUCCUCUUGGCUCCCCUUCGCAUUGUUUACUGACCCUCUCGGGCACAGUGACGCCUGCAGUGGAGGAGGGUCAUGGGUUUUCCCCAAACAUUUGGGUAUGAAGGUAAAAAGUGGGUCCCUAUUACAAGAGUCCUGUAGGUGGGGUCAGCAGUCACAUGGUCAGAUUCCAGAAUUGAGGUGGGAAACAAUCCUUAUCCUUGGUCUAGCAGGAUUCUCCAAGCUAUGCUGUUCACAGAGUCACCCUGUCUGGUGCCCUUCCCAGGCAGAAGAAUCCAGCCCAGAUGCAAGCCCUAGGGCUGCAGUGACCACUCCACUCUGCCCCUCUCGUGCCCUGGGUUCUUGGGCUGGUGGUUUUAAGAGCUCCCCGGUUUCCAAACAGUUAUUUUUUGCUCUGACCUGGAAGAGGAGCCGGUCUCCUACAGCCUACUCCUCCCCCUGCUUCUCCAGCUUCCAUCAGCCUUGCCUAGGCAGGCUUGCUUGACAAGCUGGGACAUGUCUGGUCCCCGAGGACCUUCCGUGGGUGAUGGCUGCAGUGUUGGAGGGGCCGAAGCCAGAGGAAACUGCAGCUGCUGCAGAAGAUGCUGCAAGCCCCACAGUGGAGGCUGUGGGUUCCAGGCCCGGAGUACCUAUUCUCCUGGCUGGGAACCAGUUGAACCUGGACCUACGCCCUGGGGGCUGCCGUCGGCUGCAGUACCUGUGUUCCCAGCAGCACACACAGCUGCUGCAAGUGGAGUUUUUGCGGCUCAGCACCCACGAGGACCCUCGACUGCUAGAUGACACCCUAGCCAAGGUUCCAUGGAGUCUACUGCGCCUUCGCUCCCUGGUCCUCAAAGGUGGCCAGAGUCGGGGUGCCCUGGGUGCUUGCCUCCAUGGUACCCUAACCACUCUGCCUGCUAGCAUGAGAGACUUAGCCUGCCUGGCCCACCUAGACCUGAGCUUCAACAGGCUGGAGACACUGCCGACCUGUGUCCUGGAACUGCGCAGCUUGGAUGCCUUGCUGCUUUCUCACAACCGUCUCUCAGAGCUGCCCGAGGCCCUGGGGGCACUGCCUACCCUUACCUUCCUCACUGUGACACACAACCGCCUGGAAAGACUACCCCCAACACUGGGGUCCCUGUCCACCCUUCAGCGUCUUGAUCUCUCCGAGAACCUUCUAGACACCAUCCCGUCUGAGAUUGGAGACCUGAGCAGCCUCAGGGAGCUCAAUCUGGCCUCCAACCGGCUGCAGCAUCUCCCAGCUUCCCUUGCGGGGCUGCGGUCCCUGCGGCUCCUUGUUCUGCACAGCAACCUCCUGUCCUCGGUGCCCCCUGGCUUGGCCCACCUGCCACUGAUCACUCGGCUUGACCUGAGGGACAACCAGCUCAGAGACCUACCUGCUGAGCUACUAGACGCUCCCUUUGUGCGCCUGCAGGGGAACCCUCUGGGCGAGGCCUCUCCUGCACCCCCAAGUCCCCCAGACAUUUCCCAGGUUCCAGAAAUGCCCAGGCUAUUCCUGACCUCAGACUUGGACAGCUUCCUUGUGACUCCCCAUGGCUGUUCUGUGACCCUGGCCUGUGGUGUCCGCCUACAGUUCCCAGCAGGAGCCACCACCACACCUAUCACCAUCCACUAUCGACUGUGGUUGCCUGAGCCAGGCCUCGUCUCUCUGGGACCUCAUGACUUCCUGCUUAGUGGUGUCCUGGAGCUGCAGCCUCAUGGGGUGGCUUUCCAGCAGGAUGUGAGCUUAUGGCUGCUCUUUGUCCCCCCACGAGUCCGAGUCCGUCGCUGCCGUGAGGUAGUUGUGAGAACACGGAGUGACAACAUCUGGAAUGACCUAGAGACCCACCUGGAGGAAGAGGCCCCCAAGAGGCGUUGGGCUCGCUGCCAGGUGCCCCACUUCUCCUGGUUCCUGGUCGUUUUACGCCCAGUAUCCAACACCUGCCUGUUACCACCAGAGGGAGCACUUCUGUGCUCCUCAGGUCAUCCUGGGGUCAAAGUCACUUUCCCCCCUGGGGUCACAGAAGAGCCCCGGCAAGUCUCCAUGCAGGUAUUGGGCAGGGCAAGGGUGGCAGGAGGUGCGUCAGCAUACAAGAGGGCACUGAAAUGGUUCUCCAUCCAGGUAGUGCAUAUGGCUGGACUAGAGCUGAGAGCCCUUCUGGAAGAGUCAGAGGCGGCAGUGAGCCCCUUGCUGUGCCUUUCCCAGAGCGGACCCCCCAGCUUCCUACAACCUGUCACUGUGCAGUUGCCCUUGCCCCCCGGUGUUACAGGCUUCAGUCUGGACCGCUCCCACUUACAUCUGCUCUACCGAACACCCCUGACAACCACCUGGGAUGACAUCACCACUCAGGUGGCACUGGAAUUCACCCACCUGUACGCACGCUUCCAGGUCACACACUUCUCCUGGUACUGGCUCUGGUAUACCACCAAAACCUGCGUGGGGGGCCUGGCCCGGAAGGCCUGGGAACGGCUGCGGCUGCACCGUGUCAACCUCAUUGCACUGCAGAGGCGCAGAGACCCGGAGCAGGUCCUGCUGCAGUGCCUGCCCCGGAGCAAGGUAGAUGCCACCCUGAGUCGGCUGCUGGAUCGGUACCGUGGCCCAGAACCCUCUGAGACUGUGGAGAUGUUUGAGGACCGUCCAGACUGUGUGGAUGGCAGAAUCUGUUUUGUCUUCUAUUCACACCUGAAGAAUAUGAAGGAGGUAUACAUUACCACAGCCUUGGACCGUGAAGCUCAGGAUGUUCGAGGACAGGUGUCCUUUUAUCGGGGUUCACUUCCCAUGGAGGUGCCUGAAGAGGCAGAGGCUGCCCGGCGGAGGAAGGGCACAGAUGCAUUGUGGAUGGCCACCUUGCCCAUCAAGCUACCGAGACUCCAGGGGGCCCAGGGGAGUGGGCAGGGAACUGACUUCUCCUUGAUGCCUCUGAACCUGGGUGAUGCAGAAACUGGAUUCCUGACUCAGAGCAACCUGCUGAGUGUGGCCUCACGCCUAGGUUCUGACUGGCCGACUGUGGCCCUGCACCUAGGCAUGCCCUACCGUAAACUUCAGCGUAUCCGACAUGAAUUCAGGGAUGACCUGGAUGGGCAGAUCCGCCACAUGCUCUUCUCUUGGGCUGAGAGCCAGACGGGACAGCCUGGAGCUGUGGGACACCUGGUGCAGGCCUUGGAGCAGAGUGACCGGCAGGAUGUGGCAGAAGAGGUGCGUGCCAUCUUGGAGCUUGGCCGUCACAAGUACCAGGACAGCAUUCGGCGCACAGGGCUGGCCCCUGAGGAUUCCACUCUGCCUAGCACCUCAGCCUCACAGAACCCAGAGUCUGCACAGGCCUAGGCUUACAGACUUAAGAUAGCCUUAAACUUGACUUGGCCAGUGGGCAGAGCCCUGUCCUUCUACCUCGCCUGUGUGGUACAGUGCACCGGCACACAAAAACCCUUCAGUGUCUAGCCCAAGCUAGCCUCCAACUCUCAAUGAGUACGUCUCAGAGAUUGUUUUACUUAAAGAACAGAGAGUGGGUUGUCUAAGUGAUCUGAAGCCUGGUCCCUGUGUGUGCCUAUGCUUGCCACCAUGCCAGGUCCUCCUGCUAAGAUGGGGCAGAGAAAGUCUGGAGAGAGGGCUCAGCUGUUAACAGCACUGGCCGCUCCUUCAGGGAACCCAGUUUCAGUUCCCAUUACCUCCAUGAUGACUCGUAACAGUCUGUGACUCCAGUUUGGAUAGAUCAACACCUUCCUCUGGCCUCCACAGACACCAGGCACACGUGGUGUGCCGACAUACAGGCAGGCAAAACAUCCAUACAUAUAAAAUAAAAGCUAUUUAUUGUGUGUGUGUGACAGAGUAA